AUGACUCUGCUAUACGUUCGCGCUGUCGUGCCUUUCGAGGCCGGUGCCAACUCCACUGAUGUGCUCAUCAAUGAGGUGCACUUCAAUCGUACCGCCCUCGACCUUUACCAGUACAAGCUCUACAGCAACGGGACGCUCUCCAAUGGCACGGAUUGCUAUCUUGCAUUCAACCAAUUCAAGCCCCAUAUGCAGACGGAGAACGGGACGGUCAUCAAAGGGGUCUCGUGCUAUGCGCCCGUUCGGGAUAUGGGUUCCCAUGCAGCAGCAGGUCUGGCCUUUGCAUUGAUGUUCUCCAUCUCCAUCUUCUUCACUUUGAUCAAUUUGCGCAAACACGGGCGACGAUAUCUACCACAUGAUCGACGGUGGAGACUCCUGGGUCGCCGAGCCAAAUGGAUCUGGAUGCUCGUGCUUGCCGGCUGCGGAGCGAUUAGUUGCUUCAUGAGCAUCGAUGUGGAUCGGGACUAUGUGGUGAACAGUCCAUUGGUUCUGCAGAGUGUCUUCUAUACCAUUCUCACCCCUGUGAUGAUGGCGGUUGUGUGGGAGGCUGUUCGGCACUGGGGUUCGUGGCAGGAACGACAGAUUAUCGAUCGAGACCCGUACGCCUUCAGCAAGUCCAGUACCCGCCGGGGCCAAGAAUUCGUGCUUCCGAUGAUGUUCUAUGGGUUAGCCCUCGCGAACUUCUUCCUGACCGUCCCGCGCUCCUGGGGGCCGAUCGAGAUGCAACGGAGUUUAGAGCAACAGAUGGCCGAUGCAAAACCUGCCGCGACGGACAUCCGAUGGCGCAUCGCCAGCUUCCUGGCCAUGGGUGGCGUUCUUGUCAUCUGCUAUAGCCUGGAGCACAGUCUAUACCGCUAUCGCAUCCGCCCUUCGAGUACCUGGGGGCAGCUAAUGUUCUACCUCAAUGCCGCACCCUCCCAAUUUCUCGUGGCUCUCGUGUUACUGGGAUUCAAGGUCGGAUAUGCGAUCGCAUCUGCGUACGAUUGGACAGUGUCACCGUUGAGGUAUGGUGUCAGCGGCGGUUGGAUUUACGGGCUGGGUUAUACGCCCCCACUCCUCCUGAUUGUUUUGUUCAACAUCUGUGGUCACUGUGAGUUGAACGACGACCAGGCCAUAAUCGCUCGUCGCGGUGACCUCGAUAACGCCCUCGCAGACGACAUGGGCGUUGGCCAGAGGAAACCCAGUUGGUGGACAAAGGGCCGUUCGUUUGUUCGGGAGAUUAGGAGACAGUCAACCCAGAAGGACACCGACGAGAUGGACCGGUAUGUUGAGAUGGGCAUCAUCAACCCAGAGGAGCAGCAGCAGCAACCGGGAGAAGACCCCUUCGCCAAACCAAAGCCAGAAACUCAGAUCAGCACCCGCACUGCCAGCCAAGGCAGCGAAGCAACAAGUAUGACCGCAGUGGACAGUGGUUCGGAGGUGGCUCAUCGUCAUAUGGAAUAUGCGACAGAGUCGGGGAACUUGUCGCGGUGCUCGUCGGACGACCCGGUUGCGGUACAUCCUCCACAGAGAGCCAGGGACAUGAUUGAUGGGUAG